GUGCUUUCUCCAAACCAAGUCUGCCUACUCUUUUUCUUUCACCUUCAGGGUAAACGGUUACACAGAAAGUGAGAGAGAUUUCUGAGAUUGAGGGGAGAGAGAGUGAGUUCCUGGUGAUGAAAAACAGGAGAUUCCGGCGACAACUGGAAGUCCGAUUACCCACUACCGGAGGGCCGGACAGUCAAUUUCAAAGUGAGAAGCAGUGGUAAAAAAGACAAGGUAGAGAAAAAAUACAGCGUAAAAUAAAGAAUAAUGCAGAUCCAAGUGAGGUGUAGUUGCGGGGCAGAGAGCUGCCCAGAAUGGGCGAUCGUAGAAUUGCAAGGCGUAGUUGAAGUUCAGCCGUCGUUUCAAGAUCGCCUUCAAAAUCUCGUGAUUGGGGAGCUUUGCCGCCCUUCUUUACAGGAAAACUACACUUUCACGGUUGGGUAUCAUGAAUUGACUGGGUCUAAGGUCACCUUGAAGAAGCCAUUGUUGGUUUUGAAGAAAGUCAAGUAUAUGGAUGUGGACCAGGGCAGUGACAACAGCUCAGCUGAGGUAGAAUUGGAUGUCAUCGGCGUCAUCCGCCACAAGAUUCUGUUCAAGACCAGACCCAGGGCCUUGAUAUCAAAACCACAACCGGCACUGAAGGAAAGAGCCAAUGCUGCAGGGUACAUUGACCUUACUACCGAACUCGUCCACAAAUUUUAAGGACAGUCCACACAGGAGCCACACCAUGAGCAAUUACCAACUCGAGGCCAAUGUGGACUCUCUUUAAAGUUGUAUUGGGGAUAAUUUUAGCAUUCCUCGAGUUUGAAUAGAGCCAAAACGUUGAUCAUUUCUAGUA